AUGCCUUCUUCAAAGCCCAAGCCUUCUGAAGUCGCCGCUGAGACGAAACGGCACUACAUUCCCGUGAUAAGGAAGGAAUAUGCGCACCAGUGGCCGACUCACUCUUUCUUAUACCAACAACCGUUAGCACAGAUCCCUCUUCAGAGUUCCAUGAGCGGAUACGCUCCGUCCCCUCCUGAUUUCUUUGUCUGCCCUGGAGACCCCGUUGAUUUCGCCAUAGAUUGGAAGGAGAAGGUUAGUGUCAGAAUACCGUUUAUAUGCGCGGCAAACGACAAGCGAGCUGGCGGUGACUGGGAGACUGGAGUAGUAGGCUACGAAGAACGUCUCUGCCGACGCAGCACCCUUUCCGCCGCCCUCGCCACGCCAGGUCCAGGGUCACAAGUAGAGAGCAACUACCCGAUCCCAUCGGAAGGGGGCAUCUACUCCGAAUACGUAGUCGUAUUUCGAGGACCGCACGACCAGUACAAGAAGCUAGACCAAUGGCAUGACCUACCUGUGGUCUCGAUGCCAGCGGCGCGAUGGCCGAAACUUAGCCACGGCGGUGCUAAGUAUGCGUUCCCGCUGGAGCGCGAGAUGGUGCGCAACAAGAUCCGCGCUGCCCUACGUAUCUGCGUGUACCACGAGCACCGGUCCGUCGUCGUCGGAGACUUUGGGCUGGGUAACGGCCACCGCAACCCACCCCAGGAGCUCGCUGAGCUUUGGCGCGAGGUCUUCCUCUACGAUCCCGAUAUCCGUGGCCGUUUUGACUACGUCGCGUUUGUCUUCGAGGACCAGUACCAGAGCACGGCUAAGUUGAUCCUCGACGACAUAGCUAAGAAGAGCAAGGGUGGUUCCAGUAGUCACAGUCAUAGCCACGGCCAUAGUCAUGGUCACGGACACCAUUCCAGCAGCUCCAAGGGGAAAUCCAAGGCUUCUGCCAGCAGCUCGAAUUCAAGCUCUGGUAGUAGUUCCUCGGCAACGGCGCCGAGCGACUAUGAGAUUUUCUCUCGAGUCUUCGACCCCAACGAGAUCCAAGGUGUCAUGAGUCGGCCGGAUCCGAGAUAUGGUAUUUCUAUGCUUACGUCGUAA